ACGACAAGCGGGGCGCUUGGUGGCUGUCAACUUUCGCGUGGUCCAACUUGCUAGCUACAUUACCAGUGGUGGCGGCAACUGCGACGGCGGAGAAAUGAGGCAGAAACGGAAAGGAGAUCUCAGCCCCGCUGAGCUAAUGAUGCUGACCAUAGGAGAUGUUAUUAAACAACUAAUCGAAGCCCAUGAACAGGGGAAAGACAUUGAUCUAAAUAAGGUGAAAACGAAGACAGCUGCCAAAUACGGCCUUUCGGCACAGCCUCGCCUGGUGGACAUCAUUGCCGCAGUCCCGCCUCAGUAUCGAAAGGUCCUGGUCCCCAAGUUGAAGGCCAAACCCAUCAGAACUGCCAGUGGGAUUGCUGUUGUGGCGGUGAUGUGCAAGCCCCACAGAUGUCCACACAUCAGUUUCACAGGAAAUAUAUGUGUGUACUGCCCUGGGGGACCUGAUUCAGACUUUGAGUAUUCGACACAGUCUUACACUGGAUAUGAGCCAACCUCCAUGCGGGCUAUUCGUGCUAGGUACGACCCUUAUCUACAGACAAGACACCGAAUAGAGCAGCUGAAGCAGCUUGGCCACAGUGUGGAUAAAGUGGAGUUUAUUGUGAUGGGUGGAACAUUUAUGGCCCUUCCAGAAGAAUACAGAGAUUAUUUUAUUCGAAACUUACAUGAUGCCUUAUCAGGACAUACCUCCAACAAUAUUUACGAGGCAAUCAAGUAUUCUGAGAGGAGCCUCACAAAGUGUAUUGGGAUCACCAUCGAGACCAGACCUGAUUAUUGCAUGAAGCGGCAUUUAAGUGACAUGUUGACCUAUGGCUGCACAAGGCUGGAGAUUGGGGUGCAGAGUGUCUAUGAAGAUGUGGCCAGAGAUACCAACAGGGGCCACACCGUGAAGGCAGUGUGUGAGUCAUUUCACCUGGCCAAAGAUUGUGGUUUCAAAGUUGUGGCUCAUAUGAUGCCCGACCUGCCGAAUGUGGGCCUGGAGAGGGACAUUGAACAGUUUAUAGAGUUUUUUGAAAACCCUGCUUUUCGUCCUGAUGGUUUAAAACUUUACCCGACCCUGGUGAUUCGCGGAACCGGGCUGUAUGAGCUGUGGAAAUCAGGGAGAUACAAGAGCUACUCUCCCAGCGACCUGAUCGAGUUAGUGGCUCGGAUUCUUGCCCUUGUGCCUCCAUGGACUCGAGUGUACCGAGUGCAGAGAGAUAUCCCAAUGCCCUUAGUCAGCUCAGGAGUCGAGCAUGGUAACCUGAGAGAGCUGGCAUUCGCAAGAAUGAAAGACCUGGGAAUACAGUGUCGAGAUGUAAGAACCAGAGAGGUUGGAAUUCAAGAAAUUCAUCACAAAGUACGGCCAUACCAGGUUGAACUGGUAAGGAGAGACUAUGUUGCAAAUGGUGGCUGGGAAACAUUCUUAUCAUACGAAGACCCAGAUCAAGACAUUUUGAUUGGCCUUCUACGAUUACGAAAGUGUUCAGAGGAGACCUUCCGUUUCGAAUUGGUUGGCGGUGUCUCCAUAGUCCGAGAGCUGCAUGUGUAUGGAAGUGUAGUCCCUGUGAGCAGUCGGGACCCCACUAAAUUUCAGCAUCAGGGAUUUGGCAUGCUGCUGAUGGAGGAAGCAGAAAGAAUAGCUCGAGAAGAACAUGGAUCUGGGAAAAUAGCUGUUAUAUCAGGGGUUGGCACCAGGAAUUACUACAGAAAGAUCGGCUACAGAUUACAAGGCCCGUACAUGGUAAAGACGCUAAAAUAAUGGCCACAACAGUCCUCCUUGAUGCAGUAUCUCUGGCGGGAGAUUCCAGAAGUCUUGACUACUCGACAGAGAGGCUGCACAAAGCAAACGGGCCUGCCCUGCCCCCUUUGCAAGAAACUGCACCCUCACCCUGCACCUGUGGGGACCGGAACCUGCUCUCCAGGCAGGACCUGCAUCUGGGGACCAAGCGCGGUGUGCAACCCUCGGCACAUUCUCGCGGAGUCACUUCAGUUUUCAAAGCUUAAGUCAUGUAUCUAGUUUCUAAAUUCUGCGUGAGGCUAGCAAGCGACUUACUCAGACACACUGACAAAAGCAAAUUCGUCAACUCAUCCAGAUGCCAUAAUUCCUGAAAUAAACUAGGUGUUGUUAUUGGAGGGGCAAGGUUAGGAGUAAGUUACUUGUGUGGUGUAGGGACAAAAAAUCAGGGUGAGCAUAUGAAAACUGACAGAAUUCGAACUCUGGACUUAAACUACAUACAAAGCCUUCCAGCACAAGAAAAUGAGCUUUUGUUUUAAUGCAAAUUAUUGUGGUUUUGUGCUGACGUUUGCACAGGGAGAACUUGAGGUAUGUUUGUCUUUCCAGCUUGAAAGCCUCUGUUUUCAUGUGUGGAAAUCUAGAAAUUUCCAUAUGUUUUCAUCUGCCAUCCACAAUGGGCCAUCACAAUCAUCCUUAAUGCCACAAUUUCUCAUCUGUACUUCUUCCUCUCUUGACUACCACAAAGUUGUGUGGACACUUCCGCCCAGAGAAAUGCUUGGCGCCCCCUCCUGUCUGUCCCCAGCAGGCGGAGUCUGACACGCUUGU